AUGGGAUUUUCAGGUGGCAUAUGGAUAUGUUGGAAUGAUAACAACAUAAGCAUAAACACGAUUGAAUCUGAUCCUCAAUAUAUUCACGCCAAGAUUACCAGUCCAGGAAGAGAAGAUUGGUUCAUGACUGCUGUUUAUGCCAACCCUCAACCACAAGGCAGAAGAGCUUUAUGGCCAAAGCUCCAAAACUUAGCCAACAGAAUGCAAAGUCCUUGGAUUCUCACAGGAGACUUCAAUGAGAUAAAGGACCCAACAGAGAAAAAAGGGGGUGGCCAAGUUGAUUACAGAGCUUGUAGUAGGUUUAGUGCUUGGAUAAAUAAUAGUGGUCUUAUUGAUUUGGGCUUCAUGGGCAGCAUAUUCACCUGGAAAGGUCCCCUUUGGAAUGGUUAUGAAAGAGUUUUCAAAAGGCUGGACCGUGCCUUGGCCAAUCCAGCUUGGAGGCUUACCUAUCAUGAGGCGGUUGUGAAGGUCCUUCCAAGAACUAACUCUGACCACCACCCCCUCCUCAUUAUAGAAAAAGUCUCUAACACCCUUAACAGGAACAGGCCUUUUAGAUUUGAGUGCAUGUGGACUUAUCACCCGGAGUUUGAACCCUUUCUUCAACAACAAUGGAACAACAAUGAGAAUAACAACGUUCUUAGCACCCUUGACAAAGUCAGAAGGGAGAUGCACAUAUGGAACAGGGACACGUUUGGAAACAUUUUCAAAAUCAAGAGAAGAAUUAUGAACAGACUUGCGGGCAUUCAAAGGAGCAACAGUUAUGGGCAGAACCCGUUCUUGGAUCAGUUAGAAGUUUCCCUCAAUAAGGAUCUUAAUGACAUUCUUGACAAGGAAGAUACUUUUUGGCUUCAAAAGUCUCGAGAACAAUGGAUCACGGAAGGAGACAGAAAUACUAGUUUCUAUCACACGAAGACUAUUAUAAGGAGAAGAAAAAACAAGAUCCUAAAGCUUAGGAAUCAAGACGGCAUUUGGAUUGAGGAUGAGCAUCAACUUGAGACUCACAUAACCAAUUUUUUUAAAUCCCUUUAUAGGGAAGAGGUAAACAUAUCUCCUUUGAAUAUUGAUCAUAUGGCUCUCCCUAAUUUGGAUACUAACACUUGCAGGAAUAUGGAAGCAACCCCCUUGGAAGUGGAAAUCAAGAAAGCUCUUUUUAGCAUCGGAUCUCUAAAAGCUCCCGGAGAAGAUGGCUUCCCAGCGAUUUUUUUCAAAAAUAAUUGGAAUCUCAUGAAAGAAAAAAUUUGUAACUUUGUCCAAUUGUGUUGGAGGGAACCUAGCUUAAUUAAAGACACUAAUAAGACUCUCUUGGCCCUCAUUCCGAAACUCCAUCAUCCGGAAUUUGUAUCCCAAUUUAGACCUAUAGCGUUGUGUAAUGUGAAGUACAAAAUCAUAACCAAAAUCAUUGUAGAAAGGCUCAAACCAAUGCUAGAUGAUAGAAUAUCCCCGCACCAAUCCAGCUUUAUCCCUAAUCGGAAAAUUCACGAUAAUAUCAUUAUUGCCAAGGAGGUGAUGCAUUCUAUGAAGAAAAUUAGAGGAAAGAAAAGUUACAUGGCUAUCAAGAUUGACUUCGAAAAAGCCUAUGAUAGAUUAAAUUGGGAGUACCUCAGUCAAAGACUUUCAGAAUUUGGGCUACCCAACCAAAUCAGCAAUAUUAUUAUGGAAGGAGUUAAAUCUGUCAGCUAUAGCGUUCUUUGGAAUGGAAACAAAACUGAAACUUUCUAUCCUUCUAGAGGACUAAGACAAGGGGAUCCUUUAUCCCCUUAUCUUUUUGUCAUCAGUAUGGAUAAAUUGUCUCAAUUUAUUGAACAGGAAGUCAAUAACAGAUCUUGGACUCCUUUUACUUUUAGAGGAAAUAGAGUUCAUUUAUCUCAUUUGAUGUUUGCUGAUGACUUACUUCUUUUUGCAGAAGCAUCGGUCCAACAAAUAGAGAAGAUAAAUGCAGUUUUGGACAGAUUUUGCAAAGCUUCUGGCCUAAAAAUCAGUAAUGCUAAGUCUUCUAUAGUGUUCUCGAAAAACACAACUCCGGAGAUAAAGAGCAACAUAUUGACAAAGACUGAUUUCACAGAAAAUAAAGUGCUGGGAAGAUACUUGGGCGCUAUGUUGAAUAAUAAGAAAAGAGGAAAGGAAAACUACAAAGCUGUGAUUGAUAGAGUGGGCAACAAACUCAAGGGGUGGAAGAGCAAAUGCCUUUCAAUGGCUGGCAGGAUAAUGCUAGCACAAGCAGUGAUAAGUCCUAGCGUGAAUUUUGACAUGCAACAUGAAAAAGUCCCAAAAACAGUGUGUAAAGAGAUUGAAAAACUCCAGAGAAAUUUUGUCUGGGGAGAUGACAACAACAAAAGAAGACUUCACAGCAUUAACUGGAAGACCCUCUGCCGACCUAAGUAUGAGGGGGGGUUGGGAUUCAGGAACCUGGAACUCAUGAAUGAUUCUUUCCUGAUCAAAAUAAUUUGGCAACUAAAGGAGAACCCUAAUACACUAUGGGCCAAAAUCCUAUACCAGAAAUAUCUCAACAACAACAAUUUUCCUACACAGAAAGAAGCAAAAAGCUCAGACUCAAAUCUGUGGAAAGACCUUGCAAAACUCUGGGACACAUUCCAAAAUCUCUCGGUGACCUUCGUGGGAGACGGUCGUGCUACCAACUUCUGGCUAGACAGAUGGGUCGAAGAAAUUGAUGAUACCCUGAAAAAUCAUGCAACCCAACUUAAUCUAGACCUCAACAGUUCAGUUUGGGAAUGGGCAAAUGAUACUGAAGGAUGGAAUAAAGAAAAAUUGAAAUCUUACCUCCCAAAUAACAUUACAGCAAGAGUGCUCGCCCAACCGCCGCCCAACAACAACAAUGGUAAGGAUAGACAAGGAUGGAGGCUCUCAGAAGAUGGUGACUACUCCGUGGCGGCAACCUAUAGAGCCCUAGCCAAUUGGCCCCCUCCAUCAACCACAAAUUGGAGCAAAUUGUGGCAAUGGAAGGGACCCCAAAAGGCAAAAAUCACUCUCUGGAGAAUGAUGCAUAAUAGACUCCUCACUAAUGAGAGAAGGAGUCGUUUAUUUGGGGGGAGUGAUGGAUGCCCCUUCUGCACUAACCAGCCGGAGAGCACCUUGCAUGCGUUCAGGAACUGCCGGGGAGUCGCCCUCCUUUGGUCACAACUCAUCAAUCCAGAUGCAACGCAGAGUUGGAGAAAUAGGGAGAUUUUUGAACAAGGAUAUAACAGACCACCAAACCCCCAUACUGAAAUUCUUAGGAAAGUAAAGGAGAUAAAUGAUGCCUUUGGGAAAAAAAAGGGAGAAAGCAGGGUCAAGAACAGAGAAGAACACCACAUCAGAUGGCACCCUCCACCACACAAUUGGGUAACCUUGAAUACUGAUGGGUCAAGAAAUAAUGAAUUGAAGAAGGCAAGUUGUGGAGGCCUCUUGAGGAAUGAAAAUGGAAAAUGGCUUGGAGAAUUUUCUUAUUUUAUUGGUGAUUGCACAGCUUACAGAGCUGAGUUGUGGGGUAUUGACCAAGGCCUCAAAUUGGCGUGGACUUUGGGACUAAAGAAGGUAAAAGUAGAAUGUGAUUCUAAAGCAGUGAUUGAAAUUUUAAAUAGUGAGAAAAACUUAUCCAAUCAUCCGAAUAGUAUGAUUAGAAACAUCAAUGCUUGGAGAGUCAAAGAUUGGAAUAUUUGUUUUGUAAAUAUUUAUAGAGAAGGCAAUAGAGGUGCCGAUUGCCUCGCUCGCAAAGGCUUAGAGCUAGAACCAGGAUUACACUUUUGGGAUACACCUCCUACAGAGAUUGUGAGCAUCCUUUUUGAUGAUGAAAAAGGGGUUUCCUUGCCCCGAUGGAGGCUCUCAGAAGAUGGUGACUACUCCGUGGCGGCAACCUAUAGAGCCCUAGCCAAUUGGCCCCCUCCAUCAACCACAAAUUGGAGCAAAUUGUGGCAAUGGAAGGGACCCCAAAAGGCAAAAACCACUCUCUGGAGAAUGAUGCAUAAUAGACUCAUCACUAAUGAGAGAAGGAGUCGUUUAUUUGGGGGGAGUGAUGGAUGCCCCUUCUGCACUAACCAGCCGGAGAGCACCUUGCAUGCGUUCAGGGACUGCCGGGGAGUCGCCCUCCUUUGGUCACAACUCAUCAAUCCAGAUGCAACGCAGGUUUUCUUCGGAUCAAACUUAGAGCAAUGGGUCAAUCUCAAUUUCGGUAGAGAAUUGAGAAGAGGAGCGAAUCAUAACUGGAUGGACAUUUUUAUCACAGCUUGUUGGAAGAUUUGGAGUUGGAGAAAUAGGGAGAUUUUUGAACAAGGAUAUAACAGACCACCAAACCCCCAUACUGAAAUUCUUAGGAAAGUAAAGGAGAUAAAUGAUGCCUUUGAAAAAAAAAAGGGAGAAAACAGGGUCAAGAACAGAGAAGAACACCACAUCAGAUGGCACCCUCCACCACACAAUUGGGUAACCUUGAAUACUGAUGGGUCAAGAAAUAAUGAAUUGAAGAAGGCAAGUUGUGGAGGCCUCUUGAGGAAUGAAAAUUGA